ACACCUUGCAACCUUCUCUUGUCUCUUGCUUUUUUUUGGCAUCUUUGCCGCCUGUUCUUUCUUCACAGACACCUUUUCACUCCUUCCAGCCCCUCGAAGCUUGCUGAGCCUGCUGAGCACUACCUCACAUUCAUUCCUUCGAACAACAUCUACCAGACAAGUCCCUCCUUCGUGACUCGUUUGCUACUUCAACCUUCAUUUACCCUCAGGUCGUCAUCUCAGACCUCAAGUCUACAGAAGUGGCCGGUUUUCCAUUCAUUUGAGGUGCUCAUCCGGUAUCAGCACUCAACAGCAGCCAGCUCAGCUACAACAAAAACAUUUACCUCAAACCUUUGCUUAUCACCUGGUUCAAGCCUACGAACAACACAACCCUUCACUACCAUGAAGUACUCAGCCGCUGCUCUCGCGGCCGUCGUCUGCACAGCCGCCGCCUCUCACCCAGGUGCCUUUGCAGUCCUUCGGUUCAACGGAAAGGAAAACCUGCAAGGCCGUAUCGAUCCCAUCGUCUCUCCUAACGCUCUAGCCCAGCACGUCCACGGCGCAGUCGGCGGCAACAACUUUGACAAGGACUCGACUGGCGAGUCUCUGGCCAAGUCCGAGUGCACCAGCGCCAAGGCUCUCGACGACAAGAGCGCGUACUGGUUCCCCUGGCUCUACUUCCACGACGAAGGCAAAGAUACUUUCGAACCCGUUGAUAUCAACUAUGUCAACGUUUACUACUUCUUCGAAAAGACCGAUGAUGACAUCAAGGCCUUCCCUCAGGGCCUUCAAAUUGUUGGCGGCGACGCCAGCACCCGUGUCGCUCCUCAGACGAAUGGCAAGCUCAACCUUGAUCCCAGCAAUGGUCCUAUUCAGGCUGCCAUGUGGACUUGCCCCCGUGCCGGCGACCAGGAGAGCCCUCCAUCGUGGCCAGUCAACUCGGAUGGCUCGACCGCCGGCCAGAGGAAUCCCGUUGACCACGGCACGGGAACUGGUUUCCCUGACGUCAACUGUGAUGGCCGGUAUUCUCCUCUUCGCGCCGACAUCCACAUGCCCUCUUGCUACAACCCCGAGGAGGGCCUCACCUCUUACAAGACCAACAUGGCCUAUCCCACCGAUGUGAACGGCAAGAAGAACUGCCCUGAGGGUUGGAUUCACGUUCCUCACAUGUUCUACGAAAUCUACUGGGAUACUCCCAAGUUCGCCGACCGCUGGACCGGAGGCCAGGGCUCGCAACCCUUUGUUCUCUCCAACGGUGAUGUGACUGGCUUCAGCUCCCACGCCGACUUCCUCGCCGCCUGGGACGAGGAUGUCCUCCAAAACGUCAUUGACAACUGCAAUGCCGGCCACGAAGGUCUUCACUCUUGCCCCGGCGUCCAGGUUAACGACAACAAUGGCUGCAAGGGUGUCGCCACCGUCGAUGAGAUUGUCACUGGCGUCCUCAGUGUUCUUCCUGGUGAUCGUCCCCUUGAGGGCUGGAGCUACGGAACCAAGAACGGUGACGGCACGGGCUACGACGCCCCCAAGCCCGACUCUGGUGCCAAGCCUACCACCGCCGCUGCCACCACUGCCAAGACUGAGCCCACGACUGAGGCUGCUGCUACCCAUCUACCUUAUCAGCACGUUCCCGAGGCCGAGGUCAAGGAGGAGGCCGCUCCCACGCCUGUAUUCUCGUCCGUUCCCGAGGCCGGUGCUCAGAAGCCUGUCGAGACACCAGAGCCCACGCCCACCCCCGUGCUCGAAGCUCCCGUCGAGGAUGUGAAGCCAGUGUCCUCUUCGUCUUGUUCCAAGACCACCAAGACUGUCUGGGAGACCGUCACCGUGGUGGCCACGGCCACCGAGGUCAUCAACUAUGAGCCUACGCCCCAGCCCGCCCAUGGCCAGCAGAAGCGCCGUCACGUGCACAACCAUGUCUACCGCCACCGCAGGCUGCGCCACUAG